CAGUCGGCUCUGCCAGCGGAGCGGCGAGGAGGGCGCGCCGGGCGGGCGGGGGCUCAGGAGUGCGCGCUGCCUUCGGGGCUCCUCUCCGCGCGCCAGGGCGCGGGCUCCCCCUGGGGCCCCUCGGGCGGGCUCGGGGCGCCGGGAGUUGGGGGCCGCCCGCCGCGGCGCCGGGACCAUGGCGCUGCGUGCCCGGGCGCUGUACGACUUCAGGUCGGAGAACCCGGGCGAGAUCUCGUUGAGGGAGCACGAGGUGCUCAGCCUGUGCAGCGAGCAGGACAUCGAGGGCUGGCUUGAGGGGGUCAACAGCCGCGGCGACCGCGGCCUCUUCCCGGCCUCGUACGUGCAGGUGAUCCGCGCCCCAGAUCCCGGCCCAGUGGGCGACGGCGGCCCGGGUGCCCCUGCCCGCUACGCCAACGUGCCUCCCGGUGGCUUCGAGCCCCUGCCCGUGGUGCCUCCCGCCUCCUUCAAGCCGCCGCCCGACGCCUUCCAGCCGCUGCUGCAGCCGCAGCAGGCGCCGCCGCCGAGCACUUUCCAGCCGCUCAGCGCCGGCUUCCCGUACGGCGGGGGCGCCCUGCAGCCGUCGCCUCAGCAACUCUACAGCGGCGGCUACCAGGCCAGCCAGGGCAGCGACGAUGACUGGGACGACGAGUGGGACGACAGCUCCACGGUGGCGGACGAACCGGGCGCGCUGGGCAGCAGCGCGUACCCGGACCUCGACGGCUCGUCGUCUGGCGGCGGGGGCGCGGCCGGCCGCUACCGCUUAUCCACACGCUCCGACCUGUCGCUGGGCUCCCGCGGGGGCUCGGCGCCCCCGCAGCACCACCCGUCGGGGGCCAAGAGCUCAGCCACCGUGAGCCGCAACCUCAACCGCUUCUCCACCUUCGUGAAGUCGGGCGGCGAGGCCUUCGUGCUCGGCGAGGCGUCGGGCUUCGUGAAGGACGGGGACAAGCUGUGCGUGGUGCUGGGGCCCUACGGCCCCGAGUGGCAGGAGAAUCCCUACCCCUUCCAGUGCACCAUCGAUGACCCCACCAAGCAGACCAAGUUCAAGGGCAUGAAGAGCUACAUCUCCUACAAACUGGUGCCCACGCACACGCAGGUGCCGGUGCACCGGCGCUACAAGCACUUCGACUGGCUGUACGCGCGCCUGGCGGAGAAGUUCCCCGUGAUCUCUGUGCCCCACCUGCCCGAGAAGCAGGCCACCGGCCGCUUUGAGGAGGACUUCAUCUCCAAGCGCCGGAAGGGCCUGAUCUGGUGGAUGAACCACAUGGCCAGCCACCCGGUGCUGGCGCAGUGCGACGUCUUCCAGCACUUCCUGACGUGCCCCAGCAGCACGGACGAGAAGGCCUGGAAACAGGGCAAGAGGAAGGCGGAGAAGGACGAGAUGGUGGGCGCCAACUUCUUCCUGACGCUGAGCACGCCCCCUGCCGCCGCCCUCGACUUGCAGGAGGUGGAGAGCAAGAUUGAUGGCUUCAAGUGCUUCACCAAGAAGAUGGACGACAGCGCGCUGCAGCUCAACCACACGGCCAACGAGUUCGCGCGCAAGCAGGUGACGGGCUUCAAGAAGGAGUAUCAGAAGGUGGGCCAGUCCUUCCGCGGCCUCAGCCAGGCCUUUGAGUUGGACCAGCAGGCCUUCUCGGCCGGCCUGAACCAGGCCAUCGCCUUCACCGGAGAUGCCUACGACGCCAUCGGCGAGCUCUUCGCCGAGCAGCCCAGGCAGGACCUGGACCCCGUCAUGGACCUGUUAGCGCUGUAUCAGGGGCACCUGGCCAACUUCCCCGACAUCAUCCACGUUCAGAAAGGAGCUCUUACCAAAGUAAAGGAGAGUAGGCGACACGUGGAAGAAGGGAAGAUGGAAGUCCAAAAGGCUGAUGGCAUUCAAGAUCGCUGUAACACUAUUUCUUUUGCCACCCUGGCUGAAAUUCACCACUUCCAUCAAAUUCGAGUGAGAGACUUUAGAUCACAGAUGCAGCAUUUCUUACAACAACAAAUAAUAUUUUUCCAAAAAGUGACGCAGAAGUUGGAAGAAGCUCUUCACAAAUAUGAUAGUGUUUAAUGACAGGACAUUGGAUUGUGGAGUUCUUUCAGUUCAAGGAUAAUUUCUACAGCAGAAUAAAAACUGCUAUCAAAGAGCUAUUGCCAACUAUCAGUGGUGGUACAAGGAUGGUUUUGUGUUAACUGAGACUUGGCUGAAUAUGUAAUUAUGUAGGAAAGAAACAGUUAAUAUGGUUAUAUAAUAGAAACAGUACCACACAUUGUAACUAAAUUAUACUAUGUAUGCCUACACUACCAUUGUAACUUUUCGAAUAAUGAUUAUACUAUUUGCCUUAUUGCUUUUUGAAGUAUGGGUAUUUUAGUGCAUACUUUGUAGACCUCAAAACCCAUGAAGGGUCUCAAAGAAGCUGGCUGGAUAAAAGCCUGCUGUGGAUGCCUUUUUACUCUCACAGAUUGGGAUUACCUAAAUUCAACCUGUUCUCUGUUUACAAACUCCAACUAGAGCAGCUAUGCGACUUUG